AACUUGAACUUUAUAAAAAAGAUUUAACAGAAGAAGAACUACGAGCAUGUGCUAAUAUAGCAACAAUUCUAAUUAAUUUAUCUUCAGAAAUUAAUAUAUUUAUUACAAAUGAUAUAUUUGAUGAUAUUGAGUCUUAUAUUCCUACAAUCGAAGAUAUAGCAGAUUUUACUUUACCUUUUUUUAAUUUUAACAAUGUAGAGUCAUAUUGUAAAAGACUACAAUCUAAGCUAAUAUCAAGCAAAGAUCAUAGGAAUAUAGACUUUGAA